AUGGCAUCCUCUUCCGUUCCACCUGCUGCGUUCUCUCUGAUCGGCUGCCCGGUCACGGAGAAGCUAGGGAAGAACAACUUCACCAUUUGGAGUGCCCAUGUCCUAUCUGCUCUUCGUGGGGCAAGACUUGCACAUCUCCUCGAUGAGAAGACGGCUGCUGCUCCGGCAAAGCAGAUCGCCAAGUCUGCAGAGAAGCCCGACGAGCUGAGUCCCAAUCCUGAGUAUGACGAGUGGAUUGGUAAAGACCAGACGGUCUUCAAUUAUUUGUUUGCAUCUGUCUCCAGGGACGUCCAAGUGCAGGUCUGCAACUGCACGACCUCUGUUGAGAUAUGGAAGUCCAUCCAGGAGAUGCAAUCUGUGCAGUCGCGUGGACGGGUGAUCAACACCCGCAUGGCUCUUGCAACGGCCCAGAAGGGGUCCUCCACCAUUGCCGAUUUCUUUGGCAAAGUCAAGGGUCUGGCCAACGACAUGGCGGCGGCUGGAAAGAAGCUUGAAGACAAGGAGGUGGCGUCAUACAUCCUCGCUGGUCUUGAUGGGACCUAUGACCCUGUGGUGUCUACCAUAUCAGGGCGUACUGCUGCGGAGCCCUUAACCCUAGGCGAACUCUACACACAUCUUAUGAGCUGGGAGCAGCGGAUGGAUCUCCUUGGAGGAGGUUCUAAAUCUUCGGCGAACUCGGCCACACGAGGUGGUCGCGGUGGCUUCAAGCGUGGCGGAGGAGGCCGCGCUGGAGCACGUGGUCGCGGGCGCGACAACAAUGGUGGCAAUCGUCGCCAGACCAAUGGUGAUGGUCCAACUUGA